AUGGUGCCCUGGGAGCCUUCCCCGCCCCGGCAGUGCGGCGGCUGGACGCUCUGCGACUGCUGCUGCUGGCUGCUGCUGCCCGCCGUGCUGCUCGUCCUCGCCCGCCCCGACAAGCUGGCGGCCUUCCCUACCUCCUUAAGCGACUGCCAGACGCCCACCGGCUGGAACUGCUCCGGUUACGAUGACAGAGAAAAUGAUCUCUUUCUCUGCGACACCAAUACCUGUAAAUUCGAUGGGGAGUGUUUAAGAAUUGGAGACAGUGUGACUUGUGUCUGUCAGUUCAAGUGUAACAAUGACUACGUGCCCGUGUGUGGCUCCAAUGGUGACACUUACCAGAACGAAUGCUACUUGAAACAGGCUGCCUGCAAACAGCAGAGUGAGAUCCUCCUCGUGUCUGAAGGAUCGUGUGCCACUGAUGCUGGCUCAGGAUCUGGGGAUGGAGUCAAUGAAGGCUCAGGUGAAACCAGUCAAAAAGAGACAUCGACCUGUGACAUUUGCCAGUUUGGGGCGGAGUGCGACGAAGACGCAGAGGAUGUUUGGUGCGUGUGCAACAUUGACUGUUCUCAAACCAACUUCAAUCCUCUUUGUGCUUCCGAUGGGAAAUCUUAUGAUAAUGCAUGUCAAAUCAAAGAGGCAUCAUGCCAGAAACAGGAGAAAAUUGAAGUCAUGUCUUUGGGUCGAUGUCAAGAUAAUACCACAACAACUACAAAAUCUGAAGAUGGGCAUUAUGCAAGAACAGAUUAUGCAGAGAAUGCAAAUAAACUGGAAGAAAGUGCAAGAGGGAUCUACAUCCCUUGUCCAGAGCAUUACAAUGGCUUCUGCAUGCACGGCAAGUGUGAGCACUCCACUAACAUGCUGGAACCGUCUUGCAGAUGUGAUGCUGGCUACACUGGACAACACUGUGAAAAAAAGGACUACAGCGUUCUGUACGUGGUUCCAGGCCCAGUGCGAUUUCAGUAUGUCUUAAUAGCAGCUGUGAUUGGAACCAUCCAGAUUGCCAUCAUCUGCGUCGUAGUCCUCUGCAUUACAAGGAAAUGUCCCAGAAGCAACAGAAUCCACAGACAGAAGCAAAACACAGGGCACUACAGUUCAGACAACACGACGAGAGCAUCGACAAGUUCUAGUGGCAAUUUUGAGUCUACUGAACUCAGUAGUAGGGUUUUGAGUUGGUCCAAGAUCAGCGACAAUUAUGGAUGUGGGAAAGGUGAAGAAUAA